AUGAAAGAACCCGUGUUACCACCGACUUUGUCCCAGAGCCAAGCCAGAAAGAAACGACGCGGAAUCGUUGAGAAACGGCGCAGAGAUCGGAUUAACAACAGUCUGUCUGAACUUCGCCGACUAGUUCCCACUGCCUGCGAGAAACAAGGGUCAACAAAACUGGAGAAGGCUGAAAUCCUGCAGAUGACAGUUGAUCAUCUGAAAGUGCUGCACACAAGUGGCGGAAAGGGUUAUUUUGAGACUCCGAUAUUAGCCACAGAUUUCCAGGUUCUGGGAUUUCGGGAAUGCUUAUCUGAAGUCGCUAGAUAUCUCAGUGUGAUUGAGGGAUUAGACCAUUCUGAUCCUUUGAAGGCUCGCCUGGUGUCACAUUUAAACACAUGUGUAUCACAAAGAGAAGUUGUAACUGCCGAGAAAGGCCAUCAGCUCUUGAGUACAGAAUAUCCUCACCAGCUUGUGCUGACCUCUCUAUCUCAUCUCAGUGCUGAUGCUUUUGCACAUAGCUUUCCUCCAGCAGAACAGAAUCAUCACAAAGAGUCAAUGCUCAGCAGUAUCCGUCUUGAACAUGUAAAUAAAUCAUCUUCUACAGGCUUUGUGGUCCCUAUUCUGACAAAUACUGCACGUGUAGCAUCUUCAAUUUUUCCAAUUUCUUCUCUGUCUGCCAUACAAUUUCCCCUUUCCAUUGAUCCUCUACUGCCAGCUUCUGUAGUCCAACCUCCAGUACAAGCUGUAAAAAAUGGAAAACACUUCUGGACCACAGAAGUGGGGGCUUUUUAAUUUGAAUUUUUUAAAUUAUUUUUGAAAGUCAAGGGAUAAAACUU